GAGGGAGUAUAUUUUUUCAAUAACACAAUUUUUUUGACAGGUGAAGGCAAAAAAUCAUUUUUUUGACACUCUUUUCCACUCGCCCAGUCCUUCCUUCCUAUCCAUUCCCCUCUUACGAACCAAGCUGCGCCCAGAUAAACGAUGAAACUGAUAUGGCUGUUGGAUUUUAACUUCUGCACGCGGAUUUGAGAUGUGCCUCUGUAUUGCCAAGCCGGGGUAAGGUCUGUGUACACGCACCCUCUCCAGACCCUAUUUUUUGUGGUAUUUUACUGGGUUUGUUGUUGUUAUUGGACGCGGUCAAACGACAAACGGAUAUAUUUAAUGUAUUUGAAGAACUUGAAAGAUGGAAGCUUUAAGAUUUGUACAGAACUACACAGUCUUCACCUUGGGAGAAGACUUUCCCUGUGGUCUAUGAAGAAGGACCCAGAGCUGGAAUCUGCACUGUCUCGGAACCGUCGCUGGAUAGUGAACAAUCAGAUCAAAAACAUAAUCCUCAGAUAUCCGAACCAUGUUGUUCCUGUCAGGUUCCUGCAGAAGAAGUUCAAGACUCUUGAUCUCCAAGGAAAGGCUUUGAAUUGGCUCAAGAAGUACCCAUGUUGCUUUGAAGUUUUCCUGGAGAAGGACGAAUACCAUUGCCAGCUCACCAAGAGAAUGGUGGCUUUGGUCGAAGAGGAAGAGGCUGUGAAGGAUGUGCAGGAGCCUGUGAUGGCCCAGAGGCUAGCUAAGCUGCUGAUGAUGAGCCGCGACAAGAGGCUGAACGUUACUAAGCUGAAUGAAUUGAAGAGAAACUUUGGAUUCCCAGAUGAUUAUUUACUCAGAGUCGUGCCCAACUACAAUCACCUCUUUCGAGCUGUUAACCACACGGGGAGGAGAAGCUCAAUGGAGAUUGAACUCACGUCGUGGAAUCACGCAUUCGCCACCUCUGCAGUUGAAAGAGUGGCACAAGAGGGGGGCCACGAGCCACGGUUUUCGUUCUCCUUGCCAGAAAAUUGGGCAAAAUCAUGGGAAAGGUUUCAAGAAUUCAACUCCACCCCUUAUAUAUCACCUUAUUUAGAACUCAAAGAAUCGGUAGAUAUGGAUAAGAGAACGGUUGGGCUAGUGCAUGAACUGCUAUCCUUAUCCUUGUGGAAGAAGGCAUCCAUUGUCAAGUUAGGCCAUUUCAGAAGAGAAUUCUGCUUGCCCGAGAAGCUGAACGCCUUGCUGCUCAAGCAUCCUGGCAUUUUCUAUGUUUCAAACAGGUACCAGAUAUAUACGGUUCUCCUCAGAGAAGCCUACAAUGGGUCUGAGCUCAUUGAAAAGGAUCCACUUGUUGCUGUGAAGGAGAAAUUUGGAGAGCUGAUGCAAGAGGGGCUGCAUGAAUACAACCGGCGGCACCACUUGCUGAAUUUAGAGAAGAAGAGGAAGAAGGGAAUGGCAGCGGCAAUAAGAGCCGAGAAAAGAAGGAAGGGAAAUGGCGAGGAUUUGGAAGAGGGAGAAGACCAAGUAGGCGGCGGAGAUCUUGGGGGCAUUUUCGACCCAGAAGAAAGAAAACGGUUUUAUCGAGUUCUCUUUGAUGAGAAUACUCCAUAGACAAUAAUCUGUUAGCUUGUUUUUGGUACACUUUGAGAAGAUGGGCACAAUGGUAUUGUAUCAAUGUAGACUUGGGGAUUUGGUUCUUUUGCCUUCAUGGAUGGAAUGCCAUUUGCCCAAUAAUAGCAUAGUACAUAUGAUGCUAAGGAAUGCCCAAUUUAAUGACUUUGUCAUGUAGCACUAACCAUUGAAAUAUGUAGCUAUGGUUUCAUUUACAACAUUUCCCCUUUGUCCCAGAAACAUUUUUACAUAGGAACCAAUUUUACAUUAAGAAUAAUACUUCCUUCGUCCCAUAAAGUGUUACCCAUUUU